CCGGGGAGUGGACGCUGCUGCUCACGAAUUGGUCCUGCUGGAACGGUGGCGGCGAACAAAGGGUUAAGGGGGCGGGCCCGGCGGCAGGGGCGGGGCCGGGAUCUCGGCCGCACCUGGCGCCCUGGGCUCUCAGCCCGGACGCCUCCUGCAGCGCCCGGAGCGGCCGCGGGACCGGGAGCCUCGGCGAAGAGCGGCGCGGGAGCCGGCACCCACCGCUGGAGGGGCGGCGACGGCGGCCGGAGCGACCUCGGGAGGCAAGCGGAGCCGCCAUGGCCGAGUUCCCGUCGAAAGUGAGCACGCGGACCAGCAGUCCCGCGCAGGGCGCCGGAGCCUCGGUGUCUGCGCUGCGCCCCGACCUGGGCUUUGUGCGCUCCCGCCUCGGGGCGCUCAUGCUGCUGCAGCUGGUGCUGGGGCUGCUGGUGUGGGCCCUGAUUGCAGACACCCCAUACCACCUGUACCCGGCCUAUGGCUGGGUGAUGUUCGUCGCUGUCUUCCUCUGGCUGGUGACAAUCGUCUUCUUCAUCCUCUACCUGUUUCAGCUGCACAUGAAGUUGUACAUGGUGCCCUGGCCACUGGUGGUGAUGUGAGACGGUGCGGCUGCCACAGCUCUUCCUGUCUGGGCCUGAGAUCCGUUUGGAACUUGUGUCACUGUCACCCUCUUGCUCCCUAAGCCCUUCUCGCCUCUGUUUCAGUUCUUUGCGAGUUUGGUGAUGAUCGCCUAUGGAGUGAGCGCCUUCUUCAGCUACCAGGCCUGGCGAGGAGUAGGCAGCAAUGCAGCUACCAGUCAGAUGGCUGGUGGCUAUGCCUAAACAGCCUGUGCCAUGGCCCCCUCGGGGGCUGAAGCCGCUGCUGGGUCACAGAGCAGGGUCACCCUGCAAGCCUGAAGCUGGGGAGCCCUGCACAGAGGGUCAGCCCCGCAGGGACUACACUUGCUCCUCUCUGCCCAUCAGACACAAGCUCUCACAGCGCUAAGGAAGCAGGCCCAGGCUGGCAGGCAUCUGGGCUUGUGGGAGGCCAACCACGGAGACCUCCUCUCCAUCCCCCUUAUUCAGUGGAAGGUGACGGGGGAAUCUGAGGCUGUGUCUCUGCCUUGUCUUUAGAGGACUUCAGCGUCCCAGGCUGGGGCCCACCCUUCUCACCAGCACUAAAUGCACUAACAAGGACUCUAGACCUGUAGCCGCAGACCUGCUGUAGCGUAAGCCUAACAGGCAGCAUGUAGCACCUUAGUCUUUGUUCCGGGAGAGCUAAGCAAGCUCGUGACACCAUUCUCCUUCCUUUAAACACAGUUCCGACCCACCUCUCCCUGGAGCCAGCCUGUACAAAGCGGGUUAUGAUUGUUGACAGCAUGGUCUUCCCUCCCUGCAUUUCAGACACACCAGUUACUGAAAGCAAAUCAGUUUUCAGUGACUUCUCAACACUGAGAAGCCUGGCCAGGUUUCCUUCCCUUUCUUAAGCCUCUCUCUUUAAUACUCCGUUUGGGUGAAGCUAACCCCAGUGCCAACUGCCUCCCCGACCCUGCUGACUAGGCACAGGGGACGCGAAGGAGGGAGGGAAGCAAGGCCUUGCCUGGCGAGUUGUCAUGUGGUUGGUGGUGACUUUGUUUUUUUGUUUCAUUUUUAUAAAAAUAAAGAUGAGAGAAAUUAUUUGGA